AUGAAUAAAACUCGCAAACUUCAAAAAACCAUUGGAGGAGGUCAAGACCAUGAAAAGCUAUAUAUCCUCGUCAUGGGUCUGACUGGAGCCGGAAAAAGCACAUUCAUUUCUAUACUCACCGGGAAUACAGAUAUUCCAAUUGGCACAGCCGCGGAAAUGGAUGGAGUAACUCAAGAGGUCCAGGAUUACAUACUCUUCUACCGCCAUAGAGGGCUGCUAUAUGAAAUCCACCUUAUCGACUCACCAGGCUUUGAUGAUGGGACCCUGGUAGAUGCAGAAGUCCUGUCUCGGAUCGCAGAGUAUGUGAAUAUGAAUUACCUGUUGAAAGAACGACUCGCAGGAGUUCUUUACUUACACGACAUCACCAAAGGAAAAGUUGGAGGUGUUGGCCAGCGCAAUCUCCGAAUGCUAGAGGAAAUGAUUGGAGUCAAGGAAUUCAAAAACGUCACACUCGUUACCACCAAGUGGGGCUGCACAAAGAGUCCAGACGAUGAGCGACAAAGGGAACUUACUCUGAGCACCAACAAAAAGCACUUCGGUACCAUGUUAGACAACGAUGUAAAUCAGUCGAACGCCACAAUGGUACAAUUCGAUCCAAAGUCUAGAACCAAGGCGCACGAGAUUAUCGAGCCAUUCUUAGGAAAGAGAUUCACGACCCAGAUCUCGAAGGAAAUGGUAGACCCCAGAGGACCUAAACUACCACUUGGCGAAACACAUGCUGGCAAGGUGGUUGUUGACAACCUUAAGCAAUUGGAAGAGACGAAGGAACAGCUUCAAAUGGUCCAGAAGGCACAGCAUCUUCUCUCACUGAGAUACGACGAAACCUUGUUUGAUGAGUUCAAACGGAAGCGCAAAUAUCUCCGCCGCAAACAUGGGAUGCAGCGCUCCGGCCGAUGGGUCAUGCGCACAUCUAUUAUUGGAGGUACUAUCGCGGCAACGGUACUGACUUUGGGACCAGGCGCUGCGGGUUUUGCAUUAGAGCCGGUCUAUGAGCAGUCGGUUCGUGGACAGAGAAGGAUGGAGAAGAGAGAGAAGGAAGAUCUAGAGAAAGAGUUCAAGGAAAAGAGCAAGGAUGCCAAUCAUCUGAAGCCUGUGGACCCACAAUGGCUCUGGGACUCAAAAGUUCAGAAGAUCGGCGAUCUUGAGAGUCACAGCGUUAGGAGUGUCAGCUCCGAGGACGUGCUGGAAGUGGCCAGAAAGGGUGAGAUGGUAGGAUUCGCGGCUGAUGGGGAGGAUGAUGAAAAGGCGCAGGAGGUUAUCUUGAGCGAGUUGGUCACGGAAGCAGAGUCUGAAUCAGAUUGGGAUAAUUUAAGUAUCGUUAGUACGGCUCUUCUGCUAUCUGCUAUACUUAUCUCGCAGAUGUUCAGGCCAAAGAGAAUGGGCAAAAUGCUGCGGCUGGGGAUUACACAACUGAGAAAACGGAUCUUAGACAGCGAGUGGUUCACUCGUGGCCGGACGCUGCAGGAGCUAGUUGCUUCCAAGAAGGUCAUCUUUUACGAUCAGCAGUGGCACUACUUAGGUACCAAGCAGAGUCUUAGCUCUGCUUUGACUGCUGGAACUGGUGUGCCAGACUUCAUACUUCAGGGGGCGUCGCUUGCGAACUGUUCAAUUGCGCAACGAAUGUCGUGGGCAGGCAAUAGGGAAACGAGUGUCCCCGAGAUAUAG